AUGGAUUGGAAGUAUACUAGUCAUAUGAAUCCUACACGUUCUUCAUUAUCUCUUCAAUUAGAAAAUGGGUCAUUUUUAACAAGUGAUACUUGUAUAGAUCACAUACAACUAGAUGAUUUGGUAGCACCAACGCAUGAUUGUUCCUGUUUUAAACUACCUCCAAUACGAUUAAAAACAAGGAAAUUACAUCAUCGUCAUAAAGACAGUCAGUCCAGUGAAAAAUUAGAUUCUAUUUACUCUAGAUCUAGUUUACCGAAUAAUCAAAUUGCAGUUAAUACAAAAGUUCCCGUACUACCAUUUACAAAUCAAACACAGGAUAAUACACAACAGAUUAGUCAAAAUAAACUUCAAUGGGCAGUAAAACGUCUGUACAAAAAACAUGAUUGGAAAAUUAUUGGAACACAUAAAAAGCAUACUGAACAAUUGAAACAUUUAUGUUGGCGAAUUCUAUGGUAUUUUCUUACUACAGCAUUCCUUAGUACAUCAUUUGUUUGUUUUAUAGAAUGCGUACCAAAUAUCUAUGUUUACACUUACUGGGAUAAUUCAACUUUUCAGGAACUUGUAAAUCCUCCGUCAUUGGCUUCUUAUACUAUAUCAUUUUGGUUAAUUUUAAUUUACCCGAUAUACCUCAUUAUCAAUUUGUUAUUCCGUUUGGAAGCAUUUACAAUCACUGAAAUGAUUAUGAAUCAUGCUAUCAUCGUAGCAAGUGAUCAACCAAAAAUUAUGAAAAUUAUUGCUAGAUGUAGUCUUUUAUCAAGUUUAUGGCAAAUAUUUAUACACUGUUAUAUUCGCAGUUUAAGAAUUAUAACACCAAUUGAUUGUGCCGCUAUCACAGCUGUACUCCCUUGUUUUUUAUACUUAUUAUGCUGGAUUAUUGUACAUAGACGAUUUUGUGCUUUACGGGUCAUUGCAUUCAUUAUGGCUUCCAGUGGGGUAAUUCUGAAUAUAUACAGUGAUCAAUUGGUAAUGUGGUAUAAAUGUCUCACUAGUGUGUCGAUAAUUAUCUUUUCGUUAUUUAUAGUUAUUUUGAAACGUAUUAUUAAUAAGCCUACUGUUGGACAAAUGGCUUGUUUUUAUUUCGCAUUGGGCUUAUUUAACAUUUUAAUUACUUGGCCGAUUUUUGUAUUUACAUCUAUUCUGACCUCAACAGAAAUAAUAACUUGGAUAUAUUUACCAUGGGAUUAUUUUAUUGGUGUAGGAAUUUCAUAUUUAGGUAUCACUGUUUUUAUGGAUAUGAGUUGUCGUAAAACAAAACGAAUUAUAAGAGCUAUUCAACCAUUAUGUGCUUUACCUAUUUGUAUUAUUUAUGAAUUAUUUUGGAUGAAACGAAUAUUGAUUAUGUCUUCAGUACAAAUUUCAAGUUUAAUUCUGAUUACUAUUGCCUGUCUACUGAAUGCCUUUCCAACUAGUUGGCAAAAGCAUAUUGCAAAAAUAUUAAAAAAGAAUCGUUCACCAAAAUCUCAACCAACUACUAAUAAACGUUCUAUUAGUUUAAUACAAAGAAAUAAAACCUCCAUGAUUAUACCAUCUUCAGGAAGUACACCUGUAUCUAGUAUACAACGAUCAUCAAUUAUAAAUGUGAAUCCAACUACUUUAAAUACCAGUUAUAAUAAUAAUAAUAAUCCUGAAAUUCGUCCAUUAAGUGCUGGUUCAAUACGUCAUGGAAGUAUUAUUAAUUCUUUAAAAACAAAAGUUUAA